UUUCUUCCGUUUUCCAUGUCAUUUCCUGUGAUAAAAAAUGGUGGUCAAAGCUCGGGGAGGCGACCGAGUCGCUGCAAAAAAUUAACGGGAAAAACUUUAACAUCGAGCGGGCGGCGGCGGAGCCAGCGGCCGGGGGCGGGUCGGUGCUCGGCGGCCGGGCAGCGGCCGGAGAGUCCAGCUUCAGGCCGGGAGAGAGGCUCCGUGUCCCCGCUGUGCUUACGAGGCUGUGAAGACGUGCUGAGUUUCUACCAACAUGGUUCCACCAUGAGUGAGUCGUUGGACCACUGGUUCUGCGAGGAGUGCCAGGACUAUUUCCAGAAGGAGUGUCCGUCCCACGGGCCCCCGCUGUUCGUCCCUGAUACGCUUGCACCGCCGGGGUCGGCCAACAGGGCGGCGCUCACCGUCCCAUCGGGCCUGGAGGUGUUUGCUGAGGGAGACGAGGUGGAUGUUCGCUGCGUGGAUCCAAACAUCCCCAGGGGGGCGGUGUUUGGUCCGUAUGAGGGAGAUCUGGUCUCCAAGGACAAAUCCUCCGGUUUCUUCUCCUGGAUCAUUGUUGAUUCUAAUAACGCGUAUCAGUCCAUCGAUGGCAGCGAUGAGACCAAAGCCAACUGGAUGAGGUUCGUCCGAACCUCGUCGGAGGAGAGCGACAGGAACUUGACAGCGUUCCAACACCAUAAAAACAUCUACUUCAGAGUGUGUCGGCCUCUGGCGGCGGGAGAGAAACUGCGGGUUUGGUACAGUGACGACUACAUCCAGCGACUCCACUGCGUCUCUCAGGAGAGCAUCGACCGCAACCUGGACACAGAUACUGGGAAGCCGAAAGUCCUUCCCAACAUUCAGAAGGACUUUAAAUCUCCGUGUCUGCAGUCGGCUCUGCAGGGCAGCAAACAACCCAGCGAAGAGCCAGACGGCCAGCCUCCAGCCAAGAGGAAGAAGAUCGACCUCAUCUUCAAAGACGUCCUGGAGGCUUCUCUAGAGGACUCCAGCAAGUCCAGGUCCCAGUCUUCCCUCCACAGUGAGUGUAAAACAGCGGUGCUCGGGCCGGGGGCUGAAAGCAGCUUUAACGUUCCUAACCUAAAGGUGGAGGAGAAAGAGGAGGAGAACCAGAGCAGCGAGGAGCCCUCCACCUCCUUCUGCCCCAACUGUGUCAAAUUGAAGAGGAGGAUCCUGGAGCUGGAGGAGGAGCUGUCCCGUCUCAGAAGAGAACAGGGGGACGUGGUCGGUGCACCAAUGUCUGAACAAAAUCUUCCCCAGCAGGAUCAGGCCGGACCGCCCCACCCGGAGCAAGGCCCCAUCGAAGACUUUCAAGGGAUGGAGCCUCUGACUCCGACUCAGGUGGUUCUGGAUGAAGAUGACCAGGAUGUGGACUCGGCCGAUGAAUCAAUUGCCGCAGAUCUUGUGAUUUCUCCAGAAGAUCCUUCGAAGCUUUCAUCUGGAGGAGGCAGACGGAUUCGCCGCUUCAAGCAGGAGUGGCUGAAAAAGUUCUGGUUUCUUCGCUACUCGCCGACCCUCAAUGAGAUGUGGUGCCACGUCUGCCGCCAGUACACCGUCCAGUCAUCUCGAACAUCUGCCUUCAUCAUCGGCUCCAAGCAGUUUAAGAUCCACACCAUCAAGCUGCAUAGCCAGAGCAACCUCCAUAAGAAGUGUCUGCAGCUGUAUAAGCUGCGCAUGCAUCCAGAAAAGACAGAGGAGAUGUGCAAGAACAUGAUGUUGCUGUUCAACGCAGCAUACCACUUGGCCCUGGAGGGAAGGCCCUUCUCCGACCUCCGUCCACUGGCAGAGCUUCUCAAGAGGUGUGAACUCAAAGUGGUGGACCAGUACAUGAAUGAAGGAGACUGUCAGAUCCUCAUCCAUCACAUCGCCCGGGCUUUAAAAGAAGAUCUUGCUGAGAAGAUGCGCCUUUCUCCCUUCCUAAGUGUCAUAAUGGACGCCCAAAAUGAUGACCUUUUCUCAGACAUGGUGGCGGUCUACGUCCAGUUUAUUACCAAUGAGGGCUCUCCAAACACAGAGUUCCUGUCAUUGCAGAGACUGAGCAUGGCCAGUGUGGAUGGAUACCUCCAGGCUAUGGAUCGUGCCUUUGGUGUCCUAGGCCUCAGGUUUCAGGACUUGCUGGUGGUAGGGCUUGGGGUAGAUGGCACCAACAUGUCUUCAGGAAUGAGAGCCAACGUGUACAUAGCUGUACAAAAGACUUUCCCUUGGAUCCUCUGCCUUCCUAUCAUGAUCCAUCGGCCCCAUCUGGAGGUGCUGGAUGGCAUCAGUGGGAAGGAGCUCUCCUGCCUGGAGGAUCUGGAGAACAACCUUAAGCAGCUACUCAGUUUCUACCGCUAUUCGCCUCGCAUGAUGUCCGAACUGCGAUCCACUGCUCCAACACUGUCAGAGGAGACAGAGUUCCUGGGAGACAUUAGAGCAAUUCGAUGGAUCAUAGGAGAACCAAAUGUCCUUAACGCACUCAUCAAAGAUUACCUGGAGGUAGUCGCCCAUCUUAAGGAGAUCAGCAGCCAGACACAGAGGGCUGACGCUGCAGCCAUCGCGCUUACCCUCCUCCAGUUCCUCAUGGACUAUCAGUCAGUAAAGCUCAUCUACUUCCUUCUGGACAUCAUAGCCGUUCUCUCACGACUAGCCUUCACUUUUCAGGGAGAGUACCUGCUGGUGUCACAAGUGGAAGCCAAGAUAGAGGAGGCCAUUCUGGAGAUUGGUCAGUUGGUGGACUGUCCCGGAGAGUAUCUGCAGGAGUUUGAGGAAAAUUUCCGUGAAAGUUUCAACGGUGUUGCUCUGAAGAACCUGCGUGUUGCGGAGUCCAAGUUUCAGUCCAUCCGAGAAAAGAUCUGCAACAGGAGCCAGGGCAUCCUGUCUCAGAGGCUGGACCUGCAGAGUCGUUCAUUUGCCAAAGCCUGCAAAGUCCUGGACUUGUCCACCUGGCCCCACAACCGGGAGGACCUACAAGCUUAUGGGGAGGAAGAAAUCCAGAUGAUAUUCAACCACUUGGAGUCCAUUCCCUCUGUGGGUCAGGAGGGCUCCCAUGCCAGGACAGAAGCCAGGGGCAGCCUGGUGGUUGAAUGGAAAGACCUGAAAGAGGACUAUUGCAGUAUGAAUGGUUUUAAAGAAGCCAUUGGUCACAUCUGUAGGUACAAGCAGCGUUUUCCUCUGCUGAAUCGGAUUGUGCAGGUUGUCAGGGUCCAGCCUAGUUCCACAACCUGCUGCGAUAAAGGCAGAGUAUCUCUACAGAAAAUGUGUAAGAACAAUCGUUCCCGGCUGACUCUGGAGCAGAUGAAUGACCUGCUAACUGUGGCAGUUAACGGACCGCCCAUCUGUAACUUUGAUGGGAAGCGAGCGUUGGACAGCUGGUUUGAGGAGAAGUCUGGCAGCAGUUACUCUCUGUCAGCUGAGGUGUUGAACAGGAUGUCAGCUGCUGAUCAAAAGUCUGUCUUGCACAGCGUUGACGUCAAUACAGAGUUCUACCCUGACAUCUAACAGGUAAACCCAGUGGUGUAGUACUAAUGUAAUAAUACUACAACACCAGGCCACAAUAACAAAAUGAGGCAGCACCAGGAGCUACUGCAGUUACCAGAGGGUACAUGAAAAGAUUGUAAAGCUCACCUAAUUUGAAACAUAGUAAUUAUGACUGAAUCUUUAGUAUAGUUAUAGUCACAAUAACUGAGAGGAACCUGGAUGCAGACAUUGGUGGACCUCCAGAAGAGCAUGCAUAAACGGUACCUCCGUUACCUCAGUUUAGCAGUCAUGACAGCAGACAUACUGACCACUGUACCCGGACUGGGAGCCCAGAGCACUGGGGCAGUGUCAGUGUUGCUAGCAAAGUAGCUUUAGCUGCAGAGCUAACUUUGCUAACAGCAGCUACAGUUAGCAGCAGUUAGCAAUAAGUAAAGCUAUCUGACCAUCAGGAAACUCCAUAAAGAGUUGAGGCAGAGCAGCCAGAGGACAUCAGAGAAAAAAACUGAAAAUAUUUUCUCCAUAAAAUACGAUCCAAUUUCACCAAAUUUUGUAAAUUAAGUUGUUGUGUUUUGGUUUACACAAAGGUAACGGAGAUUGCACAUGCUCUUGCAGAGGUGGAAGUCAACAAUUUUGUCUGCAGCUAUAUACUCUUGGUAGUCUGACUGCACAAGACACACCUCAGUUUUCCACCAACCUGAUUCAUUGUACCUUUAUUAAGACUGCUUAGAUAAAAAGACAACAAAAAGUUAAAAGUACAAAUGCUCUAAAUUGUUGAAAUAUCCAGUUUCUGUGAUUCCAAAUGGCACUGCGACAGGCAAACUUUACAAAAUAAAGAAAAAGACUGUACAUGUUGGUUCACACACUCUUUACAGUGACACUAUUGAAGAAAACCAUAAAUCCAUCCUAUCUGUCACAGCGGUAUGAUAACCCAUCUCAUAGGACUGUAGGGAUGACCGCUGUUCUACACCACUGGGCGAACCUCUUUCCUCAAUAUCUCCAGCUGGAUGGAUGGAUUUCAAACAGGCCUUAGGGGGUCCCUGGGCUUCACUUGCAAAUGUCACUAAAAGAGACACAAAACAGCUAAAGAAAUGUAAAAAUAAAUGCAAAGUGAUUCAAAACAGCUGCAGAGAGACACCAAAUGACUACCAACAGCCAAACAACCAUAAAGAGACACAAAACAACUACAAAGAGAGACCAAACGACUACAACUACAAAAAGUCGCAAAGCACCACAGAAAGACCACAAGAUGUAACAACAGACAGAGACGUGAAAUUACCACAGAGUGAUGCAAAACAACAACAAAGAGACACAAAAAUACUACAAAGAGACACAAAACAAAAACAAAGAGACACAAAAAUACUACAAAGAGACACAAAAAUACUACAAAGAGUUACAAAACAACCAAGUGACUCAAAACAACAACAGAAAACAAAACAAACAAACAACAAAAGAACAAAAGUAUAAACAGGCACAGGACAACCAUAGAGACAUAAAAAAGAUGCAAAAUGACUAAAGAGACGCAAACCAACCACCAACAACUGCAACUACAAACUACUAAGCAGCUGUGUGGGUCUUAUGUGUGUGUCCCAGGGACCCACUGUCUCAUAUUCCGUCCAUGUUCAGCUGGAUAUUGUGCUGAAAUCUUCCUCCUCUGGCUGACUGACGUCUUUCACUGAUGAGCAUUGUCAAACGGAGGGCUACUGAGUGGCCCCACACUUGUUAUACAUAAUAAUAAAGCACUUGUUGCCAGAAUAAAAGUCAGUUAUUCGCUGGGAACAAUCAAUUAGUGUCAAACUAAAUGUCUGUGCUAUGAGCCGCUCUGCUUCUUUAGCUUAUCUGCCAAUGGGAUAUUCAGUCAUGUAGUGCCUGGAAUAAAAAAGCUAGAGUGUGAGGAUGUAUAAAGGCUUUAUAUUUCUAUUAGAAACGCAGACGACCCUGCUCCACACUGUAUAUAGUGUAUAAACUGUAUAUGUUGUAAAUGCUUUUGAGCCUGUUUUUAAGGAGAGUAUUUUUCUCUUGAAUUUGAUGAUUGUGCCAUAAUGAUCGAAUGCAAGAACCGAAAGAAAAAGGUGCUAUCCUGCUAUGCCAUACUGUAUUUGGCCAUAUUUGUUUAGAUGUUUACUGCUGCAAAUGAUAUAUCUGAAAUAUGUUAUUUUUCACUCAUGCAUCAGCUUUAUGUUUGGGUGUUUGUAGCAGAGUAACUUCAGUCUUGGCCAAAGCUCAGGCUUAAAAUAAGUCAAAUAAGGUUUAAAAACUGCAUGAUGAUAGUUUUUACUGCACAUUUAAGUCGUAUUUUAUCAUUAUUGUUAGUAAAAUGUUUAAGGCUGAAAUAAAUGUAAAAUGGAGGGGAUGCAAUGAGCUGAGACAGGAUGACCUCAGCAGGCAGACGGUCACUUUUGCUGGUUUAUUUUCUUAUUUCUUUUUACAAAUUUUUGGGGAAAAUUUGUUUUGUCUUAAGUUAAAGGAACAGUUUGACAUUUUGGGAAAUAUGCAAAUAUUUCCUUUUCCCAAUCUCAUGCCUGUAAUUAAUGUGCAUUACGUCAUAUUAUUUGAACCAUAACAGGUUCUGGAAAACUGUUAACGUCAGGAACCGUUUUUGACAGCAACAAUAAAAUAUCUCUGCAGUAUCUUCAACCCAAACACUAUAACAACAUGUCCACAAAGACAGGUGGACAGUAUCGGCUGUAAAAGACAGGAGUGGUUAAUAAGCAGCCAUCUUAGAUUUUAAGGUCUAAGGACUUUCUGAGUCAUAAAUACGACUUCAGGCGGUGUUGAAAACUUGAAAAGUCCCUAACAUUAAACCAUCCUUUUGGAUUCAUGGUUGAACAAUAAAAGAGAGUCACAUCUUUAAGUAAGCUAACAUAAGCGAAACAAAGAGGGUCGAAUGUUCAGUUCGACAACUACGGAGUUUAAAUUGAACGCAUCAUUUUGUUGUAUCUGGUUUCACUCCCAAUAGCUAACAAAGCAAAAGAAGCUAAUUUAGGCUGUUUAAAUGUUGCGACUAAAAGAAUACCAAUGGGGUUAGCCAUCUUGCAAUAAGUCGGAAAAACAGGAAUUUUCUCUGCUCUUCCCAUUCUGAUGACAUGGCAUGAUGGCAGCCCUAGAGCAUUAAGACUGAAAGCAGGGGGAAUCAGCUAGCCUGGUUCUGCCCAAAGCUAAAACAUACGCCACCCAACAUCUCUAAAUAUCUGUAGUGUGUUGAUUUAUCUUCAUGCUAAGCUAAGCUAAUCUCCUCCUUCACAAGAAAGUAAAUAUUGUCCUCAAAUGUCCAACUGUUUCUUAAUGUUUGCUGUAUGAUUAGCUCCUGUCAUUUCACCCAGAGAUGAAACCUUUGUUUUUACAUAUUGUGCAUGUCUGUAUCGUAUGCAUGUAGUUAUUAUUACUGUAUAAAACUGAGCUGAUUUUAAGAGCGUAAUGUUUGUAUGCAGGAUGAGUCAUAAAAGACAGAGUUUGAUCAUUUCAAUCCAAAAGCAUUUGACUUAUGAAUGCCAAUACUUUGUGCUCCGCCUUACGAUGUAGGUGUUACACCGGCUGGUCAUCUUUAAACCGACGUUUGGCUGAUUGUAAUCUGACUCCAGAGCUGAUCGGAGUCGACUUUACGUUGUUGGAUGUUUGCUGUGAGAUUUUCACUGCUGGAGUUGAAUUUUGGUUUCAGACGAACCAGAACGAACAUUUGUGGUGACUUUAUUUCUCUGUACACUGUUUAUUUCUGUUUCAAAUGCUUUAAAAAUACACUUUAAAAGACAAUUUAUCUGAA